AACGUAUUGUCUACUAAACUAAUGUAACUCAUGUUUUUGAUCGCAUCCAGUCCCCUUGCAUCCAGUUCUUCUUGUAAUCUCUGCUUAGCCUUUCUCUGUCAGUACUUCAUCUUCAUCUCCUUAAACGUGAAAACUUUUAUUUGUUAAUUAACAAAAACCGUAUAGCACGGUGUAUGAAGUUAACGGAUAGUAUUUGUUCUGAGAAUAGUUUUCAUCCGUAUCCUCUUGCGCGGCUCCAUACCACAUUCCCUUCCCCUAUAGCAUCUUCCACCUCCUACUACUUAAAAACGAAGAAACCACAAUUCGCGCCAUUGCUCAAAUGCUAGUCAAUUUUUGACAUUGGUGCACUCCAUAGGUUGUGUUUAUUACGUUUUGGUUCAUCUUUCCAACGAUAUACUCCAGAAAAGCUGCAUUCCUGCAGCUUUUGUUUUGAAAACAACCAGCACCUUAUGGGAGUUUCCCUACUAAUUAAAAGGUUUUAAUACGGUUUACUGUUUAUAAUGUCAAGAUGGAAAGGAACAGAUGGUAUGAACGCCAACAGUCAGAAGCCUAGUGCACCAAUUUUAAGUGACACAAGGCAGAAGCCAGAUAUCCCGUCAGGAUGUACGUUAGAAGAACUGGAAACAAGGCUUGGAAUAGAGCAAAAGAUUAAGGAUGGCGCAGAGAACUUGCUUCAGGUAUUUGAUACAAAAACGAAGAAGGAGGACCGAGACAAAAAGGAGCUUUUGAGAGCACAGGUUAUGCAGGAAUUGGAAAAUUCGAGUCGAAAAAUUGAACAAAUUGAGUCCAUGAUUGACAAAUUAAAGUUGGAGCAGCAAGAUUCUGAUACUGAUUUGCUUACACAGACCGACUUGCAGCGCACAUUGCCUUUCAAUCAAUCAGUUAAAAACCUUACAACGACACAUACAGUGGUAACUCAUUCAAACAAUGAAGUGUCACAACAAUCGUUUUCUCAAUCUACUCAGGUGCUUGAUAAUGCAGACCUUUCGAUAGCACAGAUGUUGCCAAGUGAUGAAGAAAGCUAUGACGAUGAAGAUGUUGCUGACGACGAGGCAGAUGUUGGACAAAAUACAAAACAGUACAGUUCCGUACAGUCUGGGAAAUAUUCAGGGUUGCAAAACUUCGAAGAAGUUUGUCGUGAUCUGGAACGUGCUUGCGCAUAUCCAUGUCCUGAAACUGUAAAUUGUGCAAACUGCAUGUGUAAUCUUCUCCAUAAUAUGCAAGCAACUCUUCCAAAACCUUUAUGGAUGAAACUCGCGGGAUUACUUCGAAGAAUGCUAUCCUUUAGCAUCACUGAGAUAACAGGUUGCUCCUUCCGCAUUCUUCGGUUGUCUCUGAUUAAAUGUACAGCAUUACAGCAAAUGGCUGAUGUUCGAGCAGAACAAAUUUUGGCUCGGUCUUUAUUGGCGAAUAAGGAUGAACAGCGGGUAGAACGCGAACAAGCUUUUUUGCUUUUUCGUUGCCUAUGUAACGCUGUGAAUGAUACGGAAGAUUUCUCUAUCUUGAUGCCAUCCUUACGUACAAUUGUUUCCAUCGCAGAACAGUCUGGUGAUCCAUAUCGUUUCGUCUCGUUGGAAACUCUGAUUGAAUUACUUGUUUCUUCCCCAACGCUAUUACUGGAGGCUGACUGUUUACGACCGGUUUUGCAUACACUUGUUGAUGGCACACUGUCACCAAACUUAGCUGGAACAGCAAUUUUUGCACUAGUUCAUAUUCUCGAUAAUCCGAUGGCAUACAAAUGUCCCACACUUUUGACGGAUAUUGGUCUACUUUGGGUUCCAUUAACUAGCUUGUACAAAUAUCACAUUGAUGAUCGAAAUGAUGAUUCUUCCGAUCAAUCGUCGAAUGUGACUAGAUGUUGUAUCAAAGUCGUUUCCGCUCUACUUCUUACUUGGCCGGGUUUAUGUACUCUCUUUGCAAAUGAUGCGCAAGCACUUAAAUCAUUAGUGGAUGCGCUACGGGUUCCUUCUUUUAGCGCUCGUUCAGACAUAUUGGAUUUAUUUUUCUCGAUUUUCAAUAUUGAGAAUACAGGCUGGUCAGAAUCCUUUGCCGCAGGAAAGCGGCUGACAAUCGUGAAAACAAAGGCAAGCACAAAUGAUGAUGAAUUUCUGCCCAUAAAGCCAAAUACUCACACAAAUAAGUGCAUGUCUCUUUCACAACAUUAUAUUGCAUUUCUUUUAUAUGUUUUUUUAAAACUCGGGCUUUUGGAUGGAAUUAUAAGCAUGAUUAAACUGAACGAUGAUAUCCUAUUGUCAAGAAAAGCAACUUUUCUAUUGGGUGAAUUGCUUCAAAUGUCAGAUCGCUAUAUUCCUGCUGAGUUUAGUGCAGAAAUUCAAUCACUCCCUUCAUUAUUUGAAAUGGCCUCUCGUUUUAACGCUGAGGAUCGUUUUGUUGCUACGUCUGUGCUCCAAUCCAUUGAAGGACUGAACCGAAUGCAGGCCCAAUCUUAUGAUUUAACUGCCAAAAAGCCGCACUCAUUUAUAUUUAACAAACGUUGGACAGAUGGCUCCUUUCGGGGACAACGCCAAGUUGAGCACGUAAAAAUCAAGAUGGGUUUACAAUUAGAUGACAAUCAUUUUCGACAUAUAUUAUCUGAAACAAAUGUUCUAACGACUCGGAAUUAUCAAAAAUGGCAAUGGGAUGCUUUGGUUGAGUUACUUCAAGGUCCUUUGCUUAGUGCAAAACGAUUAGAAGAAGCCAUGCAUGCAACAAAAUUUAUGAGAAGGUUACUAGGUUUCUACAAGCCGUUUAGUAAUCGGUUUUCAGGUAUAAAAAAUACCAAACCUAAUCAUAAAUAUAUUCAAGUUGGCUGCCUUUUAUUCAGCACUCUGCUAGCUAACCCCGAAGGGGUUAAGUACUUAGCUGAAAGUAAGGUUUUGCGUCAAAUAUCCGAAGCGCUGCAACAACUGGAUAACAAUGCCGAUGUAUUUAUGGUACCGCUCUUUUCAAAACAUCGCCUAGCAGAUACGUUGAGUUGGGGGUAUUUUCCUAUGUUAGGUGUUCUAUCAUCUUCUAAAGAAGGCCUUAGCGUUUUAGAGCGAUGGCGUAUAUUUACGACUCUUUAUCAUCUUUCAGAAAAUCCUUCAUGCGAUUACUUAACAAUUGUACUGUUAAAACAUCUUGAUUAUCGUUUGGAGGGGCAUCCAAGAGUACUUCUCUCAAAAACUCUAGUUGCAGCUGAUGAUUCUGUUCGCACAGAAGUCACCAAUUUCCUAAGCAUUCUAUUGCGGUCGGAUUAUGCAGAUUCUGAAUUACAGCAUUGGGUCAUUGAUUUGCUUAUUCUGCAACUUUACGAUCCCUUUCCUGAAGUCUGCACUGCAGCUGUUCGGUUAUUGAACGAUGCUAGUGCAGAGUCGGAGUCACUUUUGGAAUACAUAAUCCAGCGGAAGCCUUCUUUAAUUCAUCUUGGUGAUAUAGGGGCUUCGUUGCUACUUCGAUUUCUCGCAACGAGCGCGGGUUUCUUAUAUCUUUCAGAAAUUGAUUACGUACAGCGCGAGUUGGAACAGUGGCACUCGUGGAAGAAUGCAGCUUAUGUGGAUGCAGUGGAGCAGAACCAAUUGCUUGCAAUCAUUGAUGAACUAGGCCUUGCUACGGAUAUGUUUAAGCCUCUCGAGUCUGAUGUUCUACCUUUGCAUUUUUAUGGAGAAUUAGUUAAAUCUCCUGAGGGUUGUGAGUUGUUGCGCAAAACUCAGCAUAUGGAAGAGUUUAUGUCUAUAAUCAGAAAACAUUCAAUAACAGAGUGUUCUCCUGGUGCUACCCAUCAGCUUAAAAGCGCAUUGUGGACGGUGGGUAACAUUGGAAAGUCUACUUUUGGUAUUCCUUUCUUGCAUGAACAUAAAGCCAUUGAAAUUAUUAUUGGGAUUAUUGAAACAAGUCCAGUUGCUAGUGUGCGAGGAACUGCGUUUCACGUACUUGGAUUGAUUUCGAGGAAUGACGAAGGGUUGUUGCAUUUAAGGAAACAUGGUUGGUAUACGCUUACGUCGUUAAUGUCCGUCUCUCGAGGUCUUUGCUUGCCGGCAGAUUUCAAAAGAGUCUUUAAACCAAUCUACACACCUCCGAUACCUAAUCGCUGUUCUGCUUAUUCGCCAAAUUAUUCAUCCUUUUCACAAGAGGAGAAAGAAGCUGUUCGUCUUGUUGCUAAUCUGUCAAAUCAUGUACUAAGCAACCAAUCUGCCAGGAAACUUACAAGGCUUAAAUCACGGUCGCCCGACGUUUUCGAAUCCAGAGAAGUUAUUAAGGCAUGUUUACAACUGCUAAGCAAUUAUCAUUAUAGGACCCAAAUACGCUCUUUUGUAUACAGUUUUUUUCAGUCGCCAAAUUUUUAUCGAGCGUGCUAUGAAGAUGAUGUUUCCUAAUAGACGCCCCAAGCAACAUUCUGCUGCAGGUUUGCAUCCUCGGUUGAUUGGUUUCAUUCGUUACCUUGUGUAUAUCAACCUUCAAUGACAUUUCAUGAGUUGUAUUUUUAGCAUAUUUUAUACUUUUUUGCUACACGGGCACCUCUAAUUUCUUUAUUUUCUGUAGUUUUUCUAAUAAUUAUUAGCAACAAAAUCAGGUACAUCUAUGGUAUAUGGCAAUGUGCUUUUCUGGAUAGAGGUUCUAAGAGUCGCGCUGUGACACUACUUGCACAC